AUUUCAAGUUCUUUACGUCUAAUCAUAAAACAACCCCAAAUUCUCUCCAAUUUUCAUCUCAAUUCAAACCCUUGGAAUUUCAAUGGCAUCUCGUCGUCGUAUGCUUCUCAAAGUCAUCAUUCUCGGCGACAGCGGGGUUGGUAAGACGUCUUUGAUGAAUCAAUAUGUGAAUAGGAAAUUCAGUAAUCAGUAUAAAGCGACAAUUGGUGCUGAUUUCUUAACUAAAGAAGUUCAAUUUGAGGAUAGGAUUUUUACCUUGCAGAUAUGGGAUACAGCUGGUCAGGAGAGGUUUCAAAGCCUUGGUGUGGCUUUCUAUCGUGGUGCAGACUGUUGUGUGCUAGUUUACGAUGUGAAUGUCACGAAAUCUUUUGAUAAUCUCAACAACUGGAGGGAGGAGUUUCUCAUUCAGGCUAGCCCUGCUGACCCUGAAAACUUUCCAUUUGUUGUCUUGGGGAACAAGAUUGACGUUGAUGGCGGCAAUAGUAGAGUGGUAUCGGAUAAGAAGGCAAAAGCUUGGUGUUCCUCCAAAGGGAAUAUUCCUUACUUUGAGACUUCUGCAAAAGAGGGUUUCAAUGUGGAGGCUGCUUUUCAAUGCAUAGCCAAAAAUGCUCUGAAACAUGACUCUGAGGAAGAAUUAUAUCUUCCCGACACCGUUGAUGUGGUGGGCGGACAGCAACAAAGAUCGACUGGUUGUGAAUGUUAGUGUCUCUUCCAUGGUUAUAAUCGAAAAUCAUGUUUAAUAUCCAUUCGUCUUGUCUCAAGUUGAGGUUCAAAAGUAAGAGAUAUGCUUGUUUUGUACUUAUGUUGUAAGGUUUCAUUCAUAUUAUUUUGUUCUUGCUAUUUAAA